UUUUAUGAACAAAUCACGUGCCAUAAACGCCCUGUAAACGAGAACCUGACACCUGAUUCAUCCUUUACAGUCAAAAUCAUACAAUUCUUCUCUGCUCUUCGAGAAUUCAAUUGCAAAAAUGGCUUUUUUCAAGCUUACCUCAGGCGAUAUUACAGGUUUCAAAGUGCUGUUUGCUCUUGCGAUCAUGUACGGACUCAUUUCCUAUAUUGUACACUCCGCAAUUUACAUGGAGUUCAUUAAGCCUCUCGGUAUCGACGCACCACUUGAUCGUUUCUCCGAAGCCAGAGCCAUUGAACACGUCCGCGUCUUGUCGGAAGACAUCGGUGGUCGUCAGGAGGGGAGUCCGGGUUUAAGAAAAGCUGCGGAAUAUAUUAAAGCACAGUUGGAUGUGACAAAAGAGCGAGCUGGAUCGAAUCUUAGGAUAGAGAUUGAAGAAACCACUGUUACUGGCUCAUUCAAUAUGAUCUUUUUAGGACACAGUAUAUCUCUAGCUUAUAGAAAUCACACAAAUAUUCUUAUGAGGAUUUCAUCAGUAGAUUCUCAAGACGCCGAUGCAUCUGUUUUGUUGAAUGGUCAUUUUGACACCCCACCUGGCUCUCCAGGAGCUGGUGACUGUGGCUCAUGUGUUGCAUCAUUGCUAGAAUUGGCGAGGCUUACGGUUGAUUCUGACUGGGUUCCUCCUAAGCCAGUAAUAUUCUUAUUUAAUGGAGCAGAGGAACUAUUUUUGCUGGGUUCACAUGGCUUUAUGACAACACAUAAAUGGCGUGACACGGUUGGAGCUUUUGUUGAUAUUGAAGCUUCUGGGACAGGAGGUUUUGAUUUAGUGUGCCAAUCUGGACCAGGAUCUUGGCCUUCAUCUGUUUAUGCUCAAUCGGCGAUGUAUCCUAUGGCAAAUAGUGCAGCUCAGGAUUUUUUUGGUGCUAUUCCUGGCGAUACAGAUUACAGAAUGUUUUCCAAAGAUUAUGGCGAUAUUCCUGGAUUGGAUAUUAUCUUCCUCCUUGGGGGUUAUUUUUACCACACCUCCUUCGAUACUGUGGAAAGACUAUUACCAGGAAGCAUGCAGGCACGUGGAGACAAUUUAUUCAGUCUAAUGAAAGCUUUUACUAAUUCUUCUAAGCUACUAAAUGCCCAAGAGCGAGCAAUCUUUAGAGCUUCUGCCAACGAAUCUGACAAUCAACAAGCAAUUUUCUUUGAUUACUACUCACGGUUCUUGGUGUUCUACUCAAGAAAGCAAGCUAUUCUGUUUCACAGUAUUCCGGUUGCUAUCUUCCUUCUUAUGCCACUUCUUCUGCGCUUGCCAAGUUGUGGUUUAAUCUGUUUAUUUAAUACCUACUGUGACUUUCUCAAAGGAAUGUUAUACCAUGCUAGUGGGAUUAUACUCGCAGUUGUUUUUCCAGUGACCUUUGCUAUUUUGAGAUUGCUAUUCUGUGGACACUCAAUGCACUGGUUUGCUAAUCCAUGCUUGGCUUUUAUGAUGUUUGUACCCUGCUCACUUAUUGGUCUGAUAUUUCCAAGAAUUUGUUGGAGAUGUUUCCCUCUCUCUCAAGAUGUUUCUGCCCUAGCAUCAUCAAAGGAGGAAUUGGUUGAUGAAGCAAGGUUUUGGGGAGCAUUUGGGUUUUACUCCCUCUUUACUUUGGCGUACCUUGUAGCUGGAUUGGGUGGAGGGUUUGCAACGUUCCUUAUAUUAGUUUUUAUUUUUCCUGCAUGGAUGAUCUUCCGUUUAUCAGUCAAGUCAUUUGGUCACCAAUCACUCAGGUCAACGACGUGUUAUGUUGUCCCCUUAAUACCUUGCAUAAUGUAUUCUGUAUACUUCGGUGGAUUUCUUGCUGUAUUCUUGAUUGAGAAAAUGGGCAUGACAGGCUCACAUCCGCCUCCCUAUGGAUAUUUUGUUCCUGAUGUUAUAGUAGCGGCUAUUAUAGGAGUUGUAACUGGGUGGUGUGUUGGACCUCUUUUACCUGUUAUUGGAAAGUGGUUAGCAACACCAUCAAUAGUGCAAUUUUUGGUCCAUGGUAGUGUUCUUGCCUUGGCCUUGUCAUCACAAUUCUUUCCAUACAGCACGGAUGCACCUAAGAGGGUUAUUCUCCAGCAUACCAUUGAGACUGCAGAUGUGGAUCAGAUAUUGGAUGCUAGUUAUGAUUUUUCAGUAGUUGAUUCCAAUUCUCUCCUGUUUGUUUUCAAACAUGCACCGGAAGUGGCAAAGGAACUGUAUAUCAAUUCAGAAUUAAAAUUUGACACUGUUAAUCAGUCUCAGCAUGAGAGAUGGAUGGGAAUCUUCCCGAUAUCAUCCUUGUUUUCUAGAAGCUUGAAGUUUCCUGCAAAGACCGAGGAUAUCUUGGAACAGUACCAAAAUUUCCCACUGUUAUCAACUUAUCAGCCACAGAUUAUUUCUACUGGGGGAUCCCGACGAGUCUACUUGGAAUUUUCCUUGGGAUCUUUGAAGGAGGUGUGGGUUGCAGUCCUUAACAUCACUGGUCCGUUAUCCAAUUGGUCAUUUGCAAAUAAUAUGCUUCCAGCUCCCGAAAAGGUUGGCAAUGGCCCACCAUCAUACAUAUGUAGACUAAGCGGUGCACACCAUGAGAACUGGACAUUUUGGUUGGAGGCUGGCAGUUCUGAAGCUUUAAGGAUUGAUGUUUCUGUUAUGGACUUAUAUUUAACCGAGUCGACGAAAAGGCUGAAGGGCCUUUUUCCAAAUUGGAUGGACAUCACAACUUUUACAAGUUUCAUAUCCACCUAUACUUUCUAGUUUGAUAGCGUUUAUAUUUAUUCCAAGUCCACUUUUGUGGGAUAUUUGGAAUGUUUAUGAUAUAUGGUACAUCAAACUGAACCGAAAUUUUGUUAUUUCUUUAAUCAUGUAUGCUCGUCUUCGAUCCCAUGUACAAACUUGUCUUUAGUGGAUAAGAUUAUGACAACAAACUACUUUACAAAAUCGAUUUUUUUU